AUGUCGCUCUUCGCAGCCAGUUUGGAUACGCUGAAGAAGCGCACCACCCAGCUACUGGACAACCUCGACAAAGUCAAGGAUGGCAAAGGGGCAGAUGGUGUCACUUUGCAGGAGCCCAGCAUCGAGAUACCCUUUGAUCCUCAGGUGGCCAGUGCUUUGGGGUGUCCAGACGACAGUAUCCUGGUCCAGUACGAGGUGCAGAAUGGAGAGGACAAAGACAGAGAGAUAGCCUUAUACUCCAUGCCUUUGGGUAUGCGGUGCGGUGAGCGUCACUGUGGGUAUGGUGACGAGCUGAGGACUUUCACCAAGGCAGUUCAUUUGGACCGACCUUCCGCCUUCCGGCUGCAAGGAGAGUUCUGUGGCAUUUUGCUUUUGGCCGCCACCGGCAUUUGCGUCACUGGCGACAUGGUGACCAGCAAACUCAUUGAAGAAUCGAAGUGGCCAUACUGGUACUUGGUGUGCGGUGCCUGCAUCGUGGCAUCAUUUUUCAAUGGCCUUGCAGUGUACUUCUUCAAGAUGGACCUUCCAGGUAGAGGCGAUAUGAAAUGGGUCAUCGCUCGAUCUCUGCUGGAGGAUCUUCACUGGUACUUUGCCGUGAUUGCUGUGAUCAUCGGUGCAUCACCUGGUGAUGUCGCAGCGCUCACCAGCAUUGACAUCAUCGCUGCAGCUUUUUUUGGACUCAUCUUCUUGGGUGAAAAGCUGACUGUGAUGCACUUCCUGGCACUGGGAUUGUCGCUGGCAGGAGCUAUCUGCAUUAGUCAACCGGAAUUUCUCUUUGGCCGUCCCGAGGGACAACAUCACAGCCCAUUGGGAUGUUGGAUGGCCUUGCUUUCGGGCUGCUUCCAGGCGGGAUCUUUUGUUUGCGCCAGAAAGUCAGUCCACAUCUCCGUGGGUGUCUUGACUUUCACCAGCUUGCUGCUGGCUAUGCCUAUGGCCUUGGUGCCCCCCAUGUUGCCCAUGGGUAAAAAGGAGAGCUGGGAGCCCGUUCUCGCCGAACCUGGCAUUGCCUUGGGUUUGCUGCUGGUCAUCAGUAUCUGGACCAUGUCUGCUGUUGCUUUGCCUGCGGCUGGGGCCACAAGGUGUCCUGCUGCGGUGAGUGCCACUGUCUUUACCAGUGCAUGCAUGGUUUCAGGCUACUUGGCACAGAUGUUGUUCUUCAAAGAGAUGCCCCAAGCUCUCACGCUGCUGGGUGCUGCAUGCAUGCUGCUCAGUGUGAUAUUGAUGGCCAUUCCUUCCAGGAUGUCAGAGGCAAAGCCAGAGAAGCCAGCAAAAGCUGCGGUUCCAGUGGCUCCAGUGGAUGCAGAGGCACAACCAUCAGAUGGUACAGAUGAGAUUGUGGAUACUGUGGAUACUGUGGAUGGAGAUGACACCGAGAGUUUGGGCUCAUUCGUGGCCUCUGAGGUCUCCUUCCGUUCUUCCAAGGUGCGACGUCGCGCCCAGCAUUUCCCCAAGGCAGCAGCCUUGGCGGAGCGCAUUGGUGCAGCCUUUCCGGUUGUCGCCAUGUCUGGCUAA